CCUACCUACCCAGGUAGAUAUCCAAGUUCUUGGAAUCCUUUGCAUCUCUACCCAGUCCCGCCAGUCCAGUCCAGUCAGUCCCGUCCAGUUAUUAUGUUAUUAUUAGCCUCGUGCUAGGAAACUUAUUAUCUAAUUAUAAUUCACUCAAUUCACCAAUCAAAUCAAUGCAUCAAGAUAACCUUGCGGUUGGUGGGCUUCCAAUUGGUUUUGUUUACACCAGCAACCGAACCAAAACAUUCAGCCUCUCCAUCUUCAUCAUAAUUAGGUACCAUUCAUAAGGUUGUUACCAUUCAUUCAUUCAUUCAUUCAUCCAUUCAUCCAUUCAUUACCUGCCUUCGACUCUUCCCACACAUAACAUUGAUUUGUCCAAUUGAUUUCACUCAAUUCCAUUUUCCCUUCUUGCCUUCUUUUGAUCUAAUCAAUACAUCAAUUCAAUUGUACCUACCCAGGUAUACCUAACACAACAUCAAGAAUUAAAUAAAUCUACGAUAUACUCUCACUACCAAGAUUCAUCAAACAUUACACUCUUUUUGUACGGAAUUUCUGGGGAAUCUUUAGAACCUCCACAACAGCCAUGUCAAUGUCGGCCUCUUAUAAACCAUCACCGCUCUCGUUCGGGUCACCUAGAGCUUCACCAUUUCGAAGGCCUGAAUCUCAAUCUCAAUCCACUACUCCAGUUUCCCUUUCUCCUUUAAGACAAUCAACUCCAAAUCCAAAUCCUGCUGUUGUCAAGAACAUGGUGACGCCAAGUAGACUUGGUAAUGCGGUUACACCCAAUUCGUCGGAUGGAAUAACUACAAGCAAAUGGACUCCAAGAGGUAUUCCUCCUGCCUUUCGUGAAGCGGAACCUUCACCUACAAAAGGCGCACAAUUGAGUCCGGGAUUUGGUGGUCCAUUGAGAGCGGCGAGUUCGAACUAUUCUAACGAUAACGAUAAUGCACUGUCGAAAUUGUCCAACGCGCAAGUCAGAGAAAUGAGGGAAGGAUUUCAGAUCUUGGAUAGAGAUAGUGAUGGACAAGUUGGUAGAGAAGAUGUAGCUGACAUGUUGACUCAAUUGGGUCUUUCCUCCAAUGCUUCAGAAUUGGCUGGUUACUUCCCACCAUCAACUCCACAAACCAUCACACUCCCUACAUUUCUCAAUUCGCUCGCUACACAGCUAUGUACUCUUUCGCCAACUCCAGAAUUAUUAGAUGCAUUCUCUGCAUUCGACGAAGAUGAUAGUGGACAAGUGGAUUACGCAGAAUUACGAGAUGCUUUAAUACAUACAGCACCCGAUCCAGGGGUGAAACCUUUGACGGAACGGGAAGUCGAUAGAGUUAUGGGUGGGUUCACAGCACGAAAAGCAUUAUCAAAACACACAGGAGCAAUGAGUGGAAGUAGACGGCAGGAUGUAUUCAAAUAUCAGGAGUUUGUUUCUAGUGUGGCCGGAGGAUCUGGGCCGGAUGGGAAGGGAGAAAAAGUUAAUGAUGAUGGCGAUGAGUAAUGUUCCGUAUGGAUGUAUAUGUGUACGAGGUAGAAUGGGUAAGGUUUGGGUCGGGACUGGGAAAGGGUGGAGGUUUUGUGUUGGCGUUCUUAUGUGUAAUUAUUGGUUGGACAUUGGUCGGUCAUGAACAACGAGUAAGUCCAAAUUGGGAGGAAGGUUAUGGACUCAAUUGUAAUUGAUGUUUUGUUCAUACACAUGGAUAUGGCACGCUUGGAGCAUCCGGUCGUCGAUUUGGGAAAGUGAUGAAUGUGACAAAUGUCCAAGGUUGAUUACUCAUUUCUAUCUCGCAGUCUAGACUAGAGAUAAGUUGAUGCCAUCAAAAUAAGUAUUACUUCGUGGGUUGUUGUCAAUAUCUCGUUCGUCGAACAUGAGAUUUGCUCCCGAUCGAAAGACGGAUGGAUGAAAAUCACAACAAGAGAGUGUUGGAAGCUAGAUUCUCCGCGAUCAAAAUUGCAAGCUUGUAAGUUUUUAAGUACCAUGUCAAGAUCUUUAUCUUUUUUCUUCUAUUUUCAUUGUUCUACGAGUAUCCUGAGUGGGUGUACUGUAUACAUAUACUGGAUAUACCCGGAAAUGGACAU